AAUGAAACGCAAUAUCCGGCACUCAGUCUGGAUCAUGGACCGAAGGCUAUAUCAUCGAAUGAGAUGGAGAAACUCGAAGCAAGGAUGCAGAAAAGGGUGAAACGUGUUGCGGAGGUGUGCUCCAAAUAUGGAUUAGACAGACAAGGAAACGAUUCACUGCAUCGACCAAAUUCAUGGGAGUUCCUCAUAAAUAAACAAUAUCGGCUUAUAUGGUGUAGCGUAUUUAAAGCCGCUUCAACAUCGUGGAUGUACAAUUUCAAUUUGUUGGCAGGAUAUACGCCAGAAUUUCUCAAAAAAUCUAAAGAAGAUCCAUUUGUUCUUGCACGAAAAAAAUAUCCACGCCCAUCAGAAACUGAGCUCUUGACAUCUUUGAAUGACUCUGUGUCCUUUCUUAUUGUGCGCCAUCCCUUCGAACGCCUUUUGAGUGCAUAUCGAGACAAGAUACAAAAUGCAGCGCCAACAAAUACAAUCUUGCAGAAUUUAUCAAAAGUUAUUAUUCAUAACUUCAGGAGGAAUAAACAUUCGAGCUUACCACAAUGGCCUACAUUCCCAGAAUUCGUUGAUUACAUAAUUAAUAAAAUUCACAAUUAUCGUGAAUUGAAUAUGCAUUGGACACCCAUCACGAAGUUCUGCACCCCAUGUCAAGUGCGCUUCGACAUUAUUGCCAAGUUUGAAACAUUGGAGGAAGAUCAGAGAUAUAUCAUCGACAAGGCUAACAUUGGCCACAUCGUCUCACCACAGUGGAAAAAUUCCGGAAAAGGAAAUAAGAGCACCGUAGACCUGUUAGAGGACUUCUACAAGGAAUUGUCUGAAAAGCAGGUGAAAGAAAUGUAUGAAUUGUUCAAGUACGACUUUGAGCUUUUUGACUACAGCGUCGGAGAAUUCUACCGAAAUACCCCGGAAAAACCUUCAACCUCCUCAACAUCAGCAUAACCCAUGACACUUCCAAAGCCACUUUCUUCCUGGUGAGCAUCCCCCUACAAAACCCAUUCAGAACAUUUGCAGUUGUUCGAGGAGGAUGAACCAGUUGCAAGCAGCUGAUAUUUCUUAAAACUUAUAUUCCAAAUGUUUCUGAACUAAACUCAAUCUAUCU